AUGAGUUCAACCGUGCCCGUGUUCACAAUGGAAAGACGCCAUAUGAACACUGGCAUGGUGAAACUCCCAGUGUCGAUCAUUCGAGUAUUUGGAUGUCUCGCCUAUGUCUUUGUCCCAAAAUCACAGCGUGAUGCUCUCGAUUCGCACACUGACAAGUGUAUCUUCGUUGGGUAUCCAUCCGACUGCCCUGGCUGGGUGUUCUGGAACCCACAGACACGAAAGAUUAUACACAGUGACAGUGCUGUAUCUGAUGAGAGAGUCUUUCCAGGCACAUCACUUGCAAAGGAAUCGAUUCCAAACCUCUCCGACUACGUCCAGCUACCAGAUCUCGAAGAAGCCACUGUAUAUCCAUCAUCCAUUCCACCUCCAAACCCCCACCCUGCUGUUCACGUUGCAGGACGACCUGUACUACACCUAUACUACCUGAGCCUGCACACGAGCCUGUCCUCCACCAGCACCAGCUCAAGCGCAACCUAA